UUGUGUUUCAAACGGUAUUUUGCGUGAAUAGAAGUCGUUUAAUAGUCAUGACGUCAUCAUGGCGACAACCGAUGAAAUGGAAGACGAUCCAGUUAAAUUAGAUGAGCCACGUGGCGAUAUCAAGUCGUGUUUGUUCCAAAUGAUGAAUACGUAUGGCAGGGAGCUUUGCUUUAUUCUUGCGGUUUUGUUUACAGCACUUGCAGCUCUUCAUAAUGGUUCUAAGGAAAAUACAUUGGAGGACCCAGAUGCACUGCUCAUUGGAUCAGGGAAUACUGGCCCACCCAGAACAAGAAAAGCCAGUCCUCCAAAGAAAUUCUUUUCUCAAACUUCCUUUGUGACUGAUUAUUAUCUUGGUUCCAUGAACCAUCUUGUUGGUUUGCUUUCGGAGAAGGAAGUGUCUUUUGUGAUGUACUAUGCACCCUGGGAUGCCACUUGCAUUGAGAGCCAGAAGGAAUUUGAAGCUGUAGCUAGGUAUUUUCAUUCACAGAUAUUUUUUGCUGCUGUGAACUGUUGGUGGCCAGAAGGUGAAUGUCGACAAAAACUUCAACCAGACUCUUAUCCCGUCUUUAUCGUCUAUGUGCGACAUUCCACAAAUAUAUAUUAUAAGGGUCUGCUGGUUAAGCACUACAUGAUUGCCUUUUUGGAUAAUGUUUUAAAUCCAAUCAAAAGAUGUCAUCAUGAGAAGGAAAUACUAGAACUGCAAGCACAGCAUGAGGGGGUCCUUGUUAGUUAUUUUGACUUUAAAGCAUCGCCAGAGCCUCGAGGAUACAAACAGUUUUAUAUGGCAUCAUUAACAGCACUUAAUAUUGACCCAACAAGAAGACUUGGCUUUGGCAUAAUCACAACUAAGAAAAUGGCACUGAAGCUGAAGGUGACAUUUUCUUCAACAGUUUUACUAUAUUUGUGGAAUGGUACAGAGAUGUACCCAGAGAGGAAUGUUAACACUAUGAACAUCUUAAACUGGGCUUUCAAAAGUCUUCAAAAGGCUCACCUAAUUAAAUGGGUUUCACCUUCACAGAAGAAAAGCAGAAUGUUGUCUGAAGUAAUGGAAAACUUUCCAACUCUGGUACUGUUCACUCCUCGUAACCUCGUUCAUGGAAUUUCUCCUUAUUAUGACUUGGUGCGAGAAGUUGUUUUAGACUAUUACAACUGUAACUCUUCGAUCUAUGUUGCAUCGGUGAUACAGAAACUUUUUCAGAGGAGACAGCAAGCUGAGAUGGAUCUUAAAGAACUCCGUGAGAAAUGCUCCAUUGUUUUGGAAGAACAGCCCCACAAUAAAAAUAAGAUUAAUGAUGAACCAGGAUUACAGAAUUCCAACACAUCAGAAGUUCAAGAUGAUAAAGUGGCUCAAAUGGUUUCUGCUGUUCAAAAACAACAGUGUAAAUCGUUAGAAGUUGCUCUGAGUUAUUAUGAUUUUGGUUUUCCAAGCACGCAGUUUUAUGGUGAUUUUCAUUUAAACUUUUCGGGUUUGGGUUGUCGAGUGAAUACCACUUUAAAAGUUCUAGCAAUGGACACUGUUCAAUUUCACACCUUCCCACAACACUUAGGAAUUGAUAUAUGGAAGAAACAGCAUCAGACAGCAGCUAUGAUUUUUGAUGUAAAGAAAGAGACUCAUUAUUUACUGAAGGAAGAACUAAACAAGAGCACGCUGAUGGAUUUCAUUGCAAAUUACACCAGGGGACUGUUGGAUCGUUAUCUAAGAAGUGUUGUCAGAGAAACACAAGCAUGUACUAUGACAUGUGGUACUAACUCUUUUUGUGUACAUGAAGUAACCACAGCUUCUUUCAAAAGAGUGAUAAUGAACCCUAACAAGGAUGUGUUGCUAUUUUAUUAUUCUUCAUUGUGUGGAUUUUGCAAAGGUGCUUUCCAUAUUUACCUAACAGUAGCAAGAUACUUUUGUGGAGUCUCAGGAAUUAUGUUUGUAAGGAUUAAUGGAGAUGAAAAUGAUCUACCUUGGGAAUUUACAGUUGAGAGGUACCCCACCUUGAUAUUCUUCCCAGCACAUAGGAAAGCUGAGAGUGUUACUUUCCCACCAUCAUUGUCUCUGACAACUGUCAAUCUCCUUCAAUUUAUCCUGACAAAUGCUCAGCAUGGAGUUAGAUGGCAAGCUGCAACAGUGAUGUGUAGUAAGAAAUGUGUCAAGCAGAACUUUCUAAAUUCUCUUGUAGAAAUUCAGCAUCAUUACAUUGAACAUCGUAUCCUGCUUAAUCAAAUCUUAUUGGUUCAGAGAAAGUUUGACCUAUUACAACUGAAAUCCAGCAGGUCGGGAAAGAAAUGGAAAGGUUUAGAGGAGGUGCAUCAGAAUCAAAUAUUAAAAAGUUAUCUUAAACACCUUGUACUAAGUUUAAGAGAGAAGAGAAAAACAAUUGCUAAAGUAAAAAACCUGCAAGAAUUGCUCAAAAAUAGGUUGGGUUUUCCAUUAAUUGAUAUUACACAUCAGGAUCUAAAAACAUUUUCUUUACAAAAUAAGACCUUUUAUAAUAGGCAAUUGGAAGUAAAGAAGCAAGCAAAAACUUCAAGAAGUUCUACAAAUUCAGGACGUUAUUUAAGAAAUGAGAAAAAGUUAAAAAAGGAUGAACUUUAAGUAAAUAUAGUGACUAGUCAAAGUGAUUGAGUCUUGAGAAAUUUGCCAUUUUGUUUCACUAAUACAUUUAGCAUUCUUCCAAAGACCUUGUUGGAUGCUAGUAUUUCUGUUUGUUUAUUCAUUUUUGCAGGACAUAAUAAACCUUUUAUAUUGUUGAAGUAGACAAAGUAUUAUAUACUUAAAAAUAAUUUAAAACAAGUGGAGAAAUAACAAUCAAAAUGUUUGGCAUUACUAAGUAUAGAAGUAUAAUCUUUGCUGUAUAUGCUUCUAAGCAUUUUUACUGUUGCAAUCUGAAACUUAGCAAAGUUAACAUGGGAAAAUGCUGUGGAUCAUCAUGCUGGUCCAACAUUAAUAAUUUUCCUUUCUGACAUCCAUAUUUUUAUGGUUAUAAAAGUUUCAAGAAGCUUAAGGAAAAUAUUUUUUUAAUGUUUUCAUAAAUGCUCAUGUUUUUAUGACUUAGACUUGUUUGUUGUUAUAUACUAUAGAAGACUGUUUGGUAUUGGUUAUCUUACAUCGAUUAAUGCAAAUAGCCUUAAAAAUCUUUACUUCAAAUGUCAGUAUGAAGGAUACAGUACAAAAAUUACUGUUCAGUUGUAUUUUAAUUUAGUAGUAACCCCAAAUUUAAGAGCAUAUUUUGUGAAAAAAAGAAAAGAAAUAAUAUAUUGUAGAUAAUUUCAGGUUAGCAGCACAGAAAGUUUUAUAUUAAAAAUGUGAAUUCAUAUUUUUUCUGGUAAGAUUUUUAAAGUAAGUUGAAGAGAAUGGAAUAUAUAUAAUGUGAAAAACUUAGCAAGUCAAUAAUUUAAACUGAAAUUUACCAUACAUUCUUACAUUGUGUUUUUCUAUGCAAAACCAAUGGAUGUGUGUGUAUUAUACUAAUAUUUUAUCAGUUUUGUUUUUGGUUUGAUAGGUAAUGCAUUUAUUAUUGCAUGAUUAAUAUUGAAUUAAAGGUACAUUAACCCAUUAAUCAAAUAAAGUUAUAUUUUCAUGAAAGAAUAUAAAGAUGUAAGACUUUCCCCAUCCUUUACCUAAGUCUUUAAAUCAUGCAAAAGAACUUAUGUUUAGUGAGCAUUACAAAUGAAAUAAAAAUUCCUCCCUCACACUUGUGAUACUUCAGUAAUGUAUCUUCUCUCUCAUGGUAUCUUUAGUUUACCUAUGAUUAUGUAAAAGUAGCUGUAGUGUUUUUAGAGUGCCUCAUCCUUGGUGUAUGACAUAAUCAGUCAGUGACCCCAUAGGACUGUAGUUUGAGUAACAUAAAAAAAAUAAACCAUUAAAAUAUUUGUUUAUUUACAUGAAGUAAUAAUAAUUAAAAAACACUAAUAAUCUGUUGGGCAGUAAAGUAAGAAGAAAAAAAAACACUUGUACACUCCAGGUAAUAAUAAUUUUUUUUUUUAUUUCAGCUAACAUGUCACCACUGUGGCUUCAUCAGGGGUAGUAGACAAGAAGCCACAAUGGUGAAAUAUUAGUUGAAAUAAAAUGUUUUCUUUAUUAUUGUCUGGAGAGUAUAGUUUUUUAUUCUUACUUUAUUUCCAAAAUGCCUAAAUCCCUCCAGUAAGAACUACAAAUUCUGAAAAACAAUAAAAUUAAUCAUCUGUACUUAACCAUGCCAAACCUUUUAUAUUAAUCUGAUCUUCAUUUUCCAGGAUUAAAGCAAGUACCAUUGAAAUAUGUGAGUUUCUUAUAUAAUUACUUUGAAAUUAUCAUGGAAUA